CGCUCUGUCGCUGUGUGAGCCGCAGUCUCUGGAGCGCUAAGGUGUUUCGGUCGCCUGUGGCCAGCCUCGCCCCCAAACCCGGUGUUGUUGCGCUGCAUCCGGAGCGGGGACGUUGGCGGAGCAACGGACGCGGCCACCAUGCCGAUCAACAAGUCGGAGAAGCCAGAAAGCUGCGAUAACGUGAAGGUGGUGGUUAGGUGUCGGCCUCUCAAUGAGAGAGAGAAAUCAAUGUGCUAUAGACAGGCCGUCAGCGUGGACGAAAUGAGGGGGACCAUCACCGUCCAUAAGACCGAUUCUUCCAACGAGCCUCCAAAGACAUUCACUUUCGAUACUGUUUUUGGACCAGAAAGUAAACAACUUGAUGUAUAUAACUUAACUGCAAGGCCAAUUAUUGAUUCUGUUCUGGAAGGCUACAAUGGGACCAUCUUUGCGUAUGGACAGACUGGGACAGGCAAGACUUUCACCAUGGAAGGUGUUCGCGCAGUACCGGGGCUCAGAGGGGUCAUCCCUAACUCAUUUGCUCACAUAUUUGGUCACAUCGCAAAAGCAGAGGGCGACACAAGGUUUUUGGUUCGAGUGUCAUAUUUGGAGAUAUAUAAUGAAGAAGUUCGAGACCUUUUGGGUAAAGAUCAGACACAGAGGUUGGAGGUUAAAGAAAGGCCUGACGUGGGGGUGUAUAUCAAAGAUUUAUCAGCAUAUGUAGUCAACAACGCUGACGACAUGGAUAGAAUCAUGACGCUAGGCCACAAAAACCGUUCUGUUGGAGCGACUAACAUGAAUGAGCACAGCUCCCGGUCCCACGCCAUCUUUACUAUCACUAUCGAGUGCAGCGAGAAAGGCGUGGACGGGAACAUGCACGUCAGGAUGGGGAAGCUGCACCUGGUGGACCUUGCCGGGUCAGAAAGACAAGCAAAAACUGGAGCCACAGGACAGCGCCUCAAGGAAGCUACCAAAAUCAACCUUUCAUUGUCCACCCUGGGCAACGUCAUUUCUGCCUUGGUGGAUGGCAAAAGCACUCAUGUGCCCUAUCGGAACUCUAAACUGACCCGUCUCCUGCAGGAUUCCUUAGGAGGGAACUCAAAAACCAUGAUGUGUGCAAAUAUUGGGCCAGCAGAUUAUAAUUAUGAUGAAACCAUCAGUACCUUGCGGUAUGCCAACCGCGCCAAGAACAUUAAAAACAAAGCUAGAAUUAAUGAAGACCCAAAGGAUGCUCUGCUUCGCCAGUUUCAGAAAGAAAUAGAAGAGCUGAAGAAGAAGCUGGAGGAAGGGGAAGAAGUGUCAGGCUCUGACAUCAGUGGAUCAGAGGAGGAUGAGGAGGAGGGUGAACUUGGAGAAGAUGGAGAGAAAAGGAAGAAGAGAAGGGGCAGUAGCAGCAGCAGUAGCUCAGACUCCACAUGUUCUGUCAUAGAGAAGCCCCGGGAUGAGUUCUUGCCUCACCAAGCAGGUAAAAAGAAAGUUUCCCCAGAUAAGAUGGUGGAAAUGCAAGCGAAAAUUGAUGAGGAGAGAAAAGCACUGGAAACCAAACUUGACAUGGAAGAAGAAGAAAGAAACAAGGCUAGAGCUGAACUAGAGAGACGGGAGAAGGACCUUCUGAAAGCCCAACAAGAGCAUCAGUCAUUGCUGGAAAAACUGUCUGCUUUGGAGAAGAAGGUAAUUGUCGGCGGUGUGGACUUGUUGGCCAAAGCUGAGGAGCAAGAGAAACUUCUUGAGGAGUCCAAUAUGGAGCUGGAGGAGCGGAGAAUAAGAGCAGAGCAACUUCGGAAAGAACUGGAGGAAAAAGAGCAAGAACGCUUGGACAUUGAGGAAAAAUACACCAGUCUGCAAGAGGAGGCCCAAGGAAAGACCAAGAAGUUAAAGAAAGUCUGGACCAUGCUGAUGGCUGCCAAGUCAGAGAUGGCUGAUCUUCAGCAAGAGCAUCAGAGGGAAAUCGAAGGCCUCCUGGAGAACAUCCGGCAGCUCAGCCGUGAGCUCCGGCUUCAGAUGCUCAUCAUCGACAAUUUCAUACCUCAGGAUUACCAGGAAAUGAUUGAAAACUACGUCCACUGGAAUGAAGACAUAGGAGAGUGGCAGCUAAAAUGUGUGGCCUACACAGGAAAUAACAUGAGGAAACAAACUCCAGUCCCUGACAAGAAGGAGAGAGACCCGUUUGAAGUAGACCUUUCCCACGUGUACCUCGCCUACACAGAAGAGAGUCUGCGUCAGUCUCUGAUGAAGUUAGAAAGGCCACGGACCUCCAAGGGGAAAGCAAGGCCAAAGACAGGGCGAAGAAAGCGUUCUGCAAAGCCUGAGACUGUAAUUGAUUCUUUACUUCAGUAAAUGUUACAGAAUUAAAGUUACAAUAAUAAAAAGAGUGAUAUCUCAUGCCUGGAGAAAUCCUUAAUUAAGGCACGGAAGACACCUGUAUGGUUCACAUAAUGGAAGCUGUAAAUCAUGGAGAGAGACUGGAGAGAGCAAUUUUCCUAAUAUCUUUUAGACUCUUAAGUUUCUGUAACAUGUAAGUGCACAGUUCGUGGUCGUUGGGCCUGGCUCACUGUCCGCCACACUGCUCUGCAGGAAGCGAGGGCACCGUGGGUGUCCGUAAAUGUGCGUCUCUUGCCUGUGUACUCAACCACUGUGGAUCUAGACAAGCAGAGUCUCAGAAUAGAACCAGGUCUGUCUCAGUUGCACACAGCAUAUAGCAGAUCACCUUGUCCUGUGUCCUGUGUCCUGUGUCCUGUGUCCUGUGCCAGUCUGGGCUGCUCACCUAGGCAGUGACUUGAUUCUACACCUGCCUGUCCUGUGUAAGUGCAGCCCAGCGUCGCACUAACAUUGACUGCAUCUGUGUGCUCAGUGACUGCCUUUAUUGGUCUCCUGUGGAAAAUUGUUAACUCUGACAGCUCUGCAGGUUUGCAUUUUAAAGAUGUGCCGGGUGGUGGUAGAGGCGCACGCCUGUAAUCCCAGCACUCUGGGAGGCAGAGGUAGGCGGAUUUCUGAGUUCGAGGCCAGCCUGGUCUACAGAGUGAGUUCCAGGACAGCCAGGGCUACACAGAGAAACCCUGUCUCCAAAAAAAAAAAAAAGGUUGCAGUCUGAGCGCGUGCUGCACCGUCACCCUCCCCUCUGCCCUCUGCUCCGCAUUCAGCCCACCAGGGUUGUUACUGAGCUGCCUCCCACUUCUCCCGAAGCCAGCAGUAGCCACUUAGCUUUGCUCACACAAAUUUUAAAAACUUCCCUGGACAUACAGCUUACAGACACACCCUAAUUUUAAAUUUGAUGGAAAUAACUAUAAAAAUGGAGACCAGUCUCAUUUUUCAGACAGAAAAGCAAAGUAAAAAAUAUACCUGUUAAUUUUCCUUAUUUUGUAUAUAAAUUUUAUAUAUAAAAAUACUCUUCUGGAUUUCUUGUAUCGAUUAAUCCAGUUAGAUGGUAUUCCUCUACACAAAAAGUUAUUAUUCAUUGUAUAGUAAGAUAAGUUAUAGUAAAUAGGAAAUUUUUGGGUUUUUUUGUUUACUCAUAGGAUUAUUUUGAAGGUCAUGUGCUCCCUAAACCUGUUUAAAAUUAUACAAUUAACUCUGAGCUAUUGAUUGCAAACGUUUUAAUCCUUUCUGUUAGGAUUAAUUAGAUUUAGAUUGCUAUGAUUUUAACAUUUGGAUAAAUACUGACUUAUAACUACAUUGCUCUGUGGCUGUGGAUGGCUGAAGAGAGGGGCAGCCCUGGCAAGGGUGUGGCAAACAUGGCGGGCCACUUUUAGGCUCUUCUGAAUUGGAGCCCUGAGCAUCCUGUAUGUGCAGGUGCAGGGUGCUGGUGUGAGCGUGGCCAUGUGGCAGCAUCUUCAGGAUCAUGGGUGUGGCCUGCUGUGACUAGAUGAGCUGUGUGUGUGUGUGUGUGUCUGUGUGUCUGUGCGUCUGUGUGUGUGUGUGUCUAUCUGCCUGCCUGCCUGUCUGUCAGUCUGUCUGUCAGUCUGUCAGUCUGUCCUAUACAGGCUCAUGUGAGCCGAGCGUAUUGGUGCCGUCAAAUUUUGCAAUGAUGGAAGUGUAACUGUUAGUAAUUAGAUGAAUCUAUAUGCCUUCAUUUUAAAAGUCCAUGUUUCUAUCAUUUAACAGCUCAGUUGGCCUAAAAGGAAUAUGUGCUGUAAAUUAAGCUAAAACAUGAGAGAAAUUAAAUCUAGUUAAAGCCUCUCACAGUAACAAAAAUAACUCCAUAAAACUAAAAAUAUUAGAAACUUGUCUAAGCAUCUUGACUUAGUAAUUUUGUUUGCUUGCUUGUUUGUUUGUUGUUGUUGUUUUUGUUAGCCCAGGCUGGCCUGGGACGCAUAAUCCUUCUGCCUCAGCCUCCCAGGUGCUGAGAUUGCAGGUGCAUGUCAUCAUACCAAGCCAUAUGUUUAUUAAAGCAUUGAUGUCAAAACACUAAUCAGGUGCACAGUGUUCAUUUUCUGAAAACCAAACUCUCGCCAGGUGGGAGGUCUGUUGAAGAAGGUGAGACGCCCACUUCUCCCACAGCCGUGCUGGGGCCACUUCUCAUGGACUCUGUCUUCAUCUGCAGACGGAGUCAUUUGUAUUUUCAGCAUUAAUUUUAUGAAUGGAUAGAAUGUAGAACAAACUUGCUUAGUGUUUAAAAUAAAUGUACAGAUGAAUUUAAUGAGUGGAACAGAUCGAUACAUAGGCCGUCGAUGCGGGUCCUUUUUUCCUUGAUGUAUUUAUUUGAAAGGAACUAUAGUGUGCUAUGGCUGGCUCUGCACUUCCUGACAGCCAGGGCUCACUCAGUCCACUCCUCUGUCUUCAGGCUUGCCUGAGAGGAGGCUGUGCAGCCGGUGUUUGCCCCAGAAUCCUCUGGGAAGCUGUCUCAUUUAUAUUAUGGAAAAGGUGAUUUUCGAAUUUAUGUUUUUGGCAGCCAGAACAUCAAGGUUAGUUUGGAAGGAAGGGGUAAAGUGCUACUUCAUCUGCAAUGUGUUUUAAAGUUGUGAUUAUAGUUUCAGUGAUUUUAUUUCCAUUUUAGGUUUGUGUGGCCCAUCCCCCUUUUCUCUUUAAACUCUUAACACAAGAAACACCUUUUUUCCUUAUAGAGCUGUGGAUUAAGGAAUGGGCAGAGUUUACAUUUACACACACCUGUGUCUGCUCAGUUUCUCCUCUCCCCUCUCUUCCAUUUUGAGAUAGAGUCCUUUGUAGUCCAGGCUGGCCACAAACCCUCUGUGUAGCCCAGGUUGCCCUUUAAACCCCUGUUCCUCCUACCUCCACCUCACAAUUGCUGGGGUCAUACAUACGCGCCACUACACCCGUCGUCUCCUCCACCCCUUCUUAACGGAUAUCAUUGUUUUCUGUCUUCCUUUUUCUUAAACUACUAGAACCCAUAGCUCUUCGUAGUGCCUUUGAGCUGACCCUGCAGUCUGACUGAUUAGAAUCGGUGGAACCCUGAGUAGCAUUGCUGUAAUGCUGUUACCAACCAGGAAACAAACUGUACAGAAAGUUUGCUCUGUUAAUUCAGAAUCCACACUUGAACUGUAUUUUAUGUAUAAAUUGUACUUGUCCAAGCUGUGUAUAUCAAUGUUGUGUGUACAUGCAGCACAGUAAGAUGAAAAAUAAAUGCCUCCCCAGUG